CUUCAACGAGGUUGUGCUUCCGCCGUCUGUACGUGGAGAGAGCCGUGUGAUACCGCUGGGGGGAAAAUGUCGUGUUGGCUGUGGAAAGAGACCCUGGCUUUGGCAGAGGACUACCUGUCCUUUUGCAGCACAAGCCCACGACCAGCCUCUGCCCCUCCCAGCGAGUCAGCCGCCGCCAUGAGAAGCCUGGCCCAGGACAUGGAGACACAGCACCAAGCUCGCUUUAACUCCCUUGCACAGACUUUUGCGUGCAAGUGUGGGCCUGAUCCCUGUGCAAACCUCAGGAAAGUGAUGGAGGAGCUGGUGGGAGAUGGACAGUUGAACUGGGGGAGGGUGGUGUCCCUCUUCACCUUUACUGGGGUGCUGGCCAGACAGCUGCGGGAGCAGGAGGGGAGAAAGCUGGGGCUGGACCCUGGGCAGGAACUGGGACAGGGACCUGGUAGCUGCAGGGGACUGGCAGAGACCAUAGCAGAUUACCUGGGAGAGGAGAAAAAAGACUGGCUGCUGGAGAAUGACGGCUGGGAGGGGUUCUGCAAGUUCGCCCACAGUGCCAGACAAGUGAACCAAGACUCCUCCAUGAAGACGGCAUUGUUUGCUGUUGCUGGGGUGGGCAUUGCUGGACUGACCUUCCUCCUAGUACGCUAGCCAACUGUCUUCUUCAUCCACCUUUGCAAUUUGAUUUCACACAGUUAGACAUCUGAUUUGAUCAUCACUUAGAAACAAUUAUUUCUACGGAAUUCAGGGUUUUUAUUUUAAAUCAUCGACCGAAUGUUCGCACAUAUUUCAGCUCCAUAUUUAAUGUUGACAUUUGUCUCUUGCUCUUUAAGAUUGUAGAAAUGAUCUCAAUGCCUUGUUUUGAAACCAUGGAGCAAGCAGCAUAAGUUUGCAUAUCUUUCUAAGACAUAAAUGAUCAAAGUGCAGGUUACCACAUUUAAAAUUCCCCAGCGCCUCUUGGUUUUGUAUGUUUUAAUUUUCUUUACCUGCCUUUACUGCGCGUGUUUACCUGGGUUGUGUAUGUGUUAGAGCCAUUCUAGUGUAAAACAUAAGAAUUAAUAUAUUAUUUAUAUGAAAUUAAGCAGUUUAGCAGUGGCCAUUUUCCAAUUGAUCCAUGGCUGAUUAAGUUGUUUCAUCAUCUUUCUCUAGUCUGUCCUACAUUCAUGUGAAAUGUGUGGUUUACAUGGUUGCCACAUCUGUUUAUCUGUGCGGUGCAGUGUGGAGGACCAGAAAGCGGUGCUAUAUGUUGUGAAAUGUUUUGUUUUGUUUUUUUGUUUCAUUCAGCAGCCAGAAAAAACCAGGGACCAAUCCAUUUUGCUUUUAGAACAAAACGGUUGCAAUGGCAAUUCCCCCAUAAAUCUCUUGAACAUUAUAUUUUUUACUUUUUUUUUUGUUCUAUUUAUUUAUGUCACUUCUUCUUUUUUUUUU